UGUCGAUGCGGUUCAACGACACAUGAGAUAUUACUUUUUUCAAAGUGUUCUAUUUCCCCUCACGUGUUAAAUCGACGAUGCGAUUAUGCGAUGGCUCCUACCAAGCGUUCACGGGCCCUGUCGGAUUCUGCAGAGUCAGAUGAAGAAACCAGCACACCCGCUGGUAUAGAAUCAAGAAAACGAAGCAGAAUUUCAGACACCAGUGAUACCGCGCGCGUCGACUCCGAUGAAAGCGAUCAAGGCUGGCAAGAGCAGACCGAUUCGUACAUUACCGAGGCCCUCGACAACGAAAACGAACUUGAAGUACGAGCGACACAGAUCAUCCAGGAGAAAUAUGCCUUCGCCAGCGACGAGCCCAAUGUGCCCGCUGAUCAUGGCAUACUUGAACGCGUCGAGUGCUAUAAUUUCAUGUGUCAUGAACAUUUCUAUGUCGAACUUGGACCCCUUAUCAAUUUCAUUGUCGGAAAAAACGGAAGCGGCAAAAGCGCAGUACUUACAGCCAUCACGCUUUGUCUGGGAGGAAAAGCGUCUGCCACGAAUCGAGGUCAAAGCUUGAAGAGCUUCAUAAAAGAAGGAAAGGAAUCAGCGACCAUCAUCGUUCGAAUCAAAAACCAGGGCGAUGGUGCCUAUAUGCCCCAAGAGUAUGGAAAGUCUAUCAUAGUCGAACGGCACUUCACACGAAGUGGAACAAGCGGCUUCAAGCUGAAGAGCGACAGCGGACGGAUAGUGUCGACGAAAAAGAUCGAACUAGACGCAAUAACGGACUUCUUCAAUCUGCAGAUCGAUAAUCCUAUGAAUGUGCUGUCUCAGGAUAUGGCUCGGCAGUUCCUUAGCACGUCUAGCCCCGCUGAUAAAUACAAGUUCUUUGUGAAGGGAGUUCAGCUACAACAACUGGAUCAGGACUAUCGGCUGAUCGAGGAAUCGAUCGAUCAAAUUGAGGAUAAACUGCGCAGUCGCCUGGAUGAUAUCAAAAUUCUCGAGCAGAGGAGAGAUGUGGCGAAACGGCGACUAGAGAUGUCUGAUCAACAUGCUUCUCUCAGGGAUCGAGUCAGGGUGCUCCGAAGGCAGAUGGCGUGGGCCCAAGUUGAGGAGCAAGAGAGGAUUCGGGAUUCUAUCGACGAGCAGCUCGUUCAAGCCGACCAAAAGAUCUCAGCAGCUGAGACGGAUGUAUCCCGCGCGGAUGCUCUGUUUCAAGAAGCAGAGAGAGAGUCGGAAGUUGCUGCCGAAGUCGUUAGACAAGCCCAAGGCGAAGUUGAGCGGGUGCAGGACGAGAAAAAGGAGACAAAAUCUCGCCUUGAUGAAGAAAUGAGGGAGCGCUAUGACUUACAAGCCCAACAACGCACAAUACGUGAAUAUGUCAAGACGACAGAGUCUAGAAUAAAGCAGCUCAACGAGGAUAUUGCCAAGGAGAAUCAGCGACUCGCGGACAUCAGUGGAGGGAGUUACACGCGCAUGCAAACUGAACUGGAGCAGAAACAGGAAGAGGCUUCCGAAGCCCGCAAGCAAUACGAGGAGCACCAGAAAGACACAAAUCGCGUAAAAGAUAACAUAAAAAAGGCUGAAGAAGACCACAAUUCCAAGAUCGCACCCGUUGAGAAGGUAAAAUCGGAUAUUGAGCAAGCAGAAAAUGUACUGCGCAGUCUAACAAAGGACCGCGGCACACAAGACGCUGGAUUCGAUCCAAAGUUGCCGAUGCUUCUCAGAGCAAUCCGGAACGACAAUUCUUUUAGCAAACAGCCAGUGGGACCAAUUGGCCACCAUGUGAGACUACUAAAGCCAAAAUGGUCAUCGAUCUUGGAAACGUCUUUUGGCGCUACGUUGACUAGUUUUGUGGUUACGUCCAAGCGUGACAUGAAUAUCCUUUCGAACAUCAUGAAGAGGGUCAAAUGUGAACUUCCCAUAUUCAUCGGGAGUGAAGGUUAUAUCGACACCUCAGAACAUGAACCGGAUGCGCAGUUCGAUACGGCUCUUAGGGUUCUUGAAAUUGACAACGACCUGGUCCGCAGACAGCUGAUUAUCAACCACGGUAUAGAGCAAAUGCUGCUCAUUGAGAAGCUGGAGGAGGCUUCCUCAGUGCUUUUCGAUGGCCAGCGGCCAAAAAAUGUUAAGCGAUGUUACUGUAUUGAUCCAAACGACAGGAGACGUGGAAUUCAUCUCUCGUAUAGUCGAUCAGGAGACCCCAGCCAGACACCCGUUGCAGCCUAUACGGGACGAUCACGAAUGAGAACAGACAGUGAGACACAAAUCAGGAUGCAAAAGGAAAUCAUUGAUGAUCUUAAGCGCCAGCUAUCAGAUCUCCAAAACCAUGCUCGUGCUGCGCGGUCUCAUCUUGAAAGCUGCAAGCAGGCUCUGGUGAGGCAUGAGAGGAAGGAAAAAGACCUUCAGAUUGCUAUUCAGAGACUCGAGGACCAGGUUGAAGAGCUUCGAGAUGACCUCGAAAGGGAGGCGGUCGACGCUCCUCGUCUGGACGUCCUUAAAGGCGAGCUUGAAGAGGCGGAGGAAGAGAAACAACUGAACGAGGGGUCGUAUGCUGAUAGUGUCAAAGCUAUGGAUGCGAUCAUGGACAAACUAAAAAAGACGAGGAGAGAGAUAAACGCCAAGGACGCUGAAAUCGCCAGCCUGGAAGAGCAGCUUCGCAUUGCCCAGAGUGAGGAGGCGAAGGUGCAAGACAAACGCAGACGUGCUCUUGGGGAUAAAAAUGCUGCAAUUGGACGGGUCGAGGACGCAAAGCAAGACAAAGCCAGGAUUCAACACAAGAGAGAACAAAUCGAGGCUCGAAUCAUUGAUUAUAAUGAGAAAGCCAGUAUGGUGUCUCCGCGAGUUCCGGUUGAUGAAGGCGAGACUCCGAACAGUCUUGACGAGAAACUUGACCGACUCUACAAGGAUCUCCAGCGUUUUAAUGACCAGAUGGGCGCUUCCCGGGAGGAGAUUGCUGCGGAAGCUAUGAAGGCAAACAACGCCUACGAUCAAGCCAAGCGCCAGGUUACCGAAUUCAGGACACUUGCAGAUAUCUUCAAGAACACCCUUCGACAUCGUAAGAAGAGAUGGGCGCUAUUCCGGGCACAUAUUUCAUCGCGGGCUAAAGCGCAGUUCACAUAUCUUCUGAGUGAGAGGAGUUUCCGUGGACGGCUCUUGGCAGAUCAUGAAGGAAAGCUUCUGGACCUCCAAGUCGAGCCAGAUAUCACGAAAGACAGCGCUGGAAGAGGCGCGAAGACUCUUUCCGGCGGUGAGAAAUCAUUUUCUCAGGUCUGCCUUCUGCUAUCGCUGUGGGAAGCAAUGGGAUCACCCAUCCGUUGCCUUGAUGAGUUUGACGUGUACAUGGAUUCGGUUAACCGGAAAAUGGCCAUCGAUAUGCUUAUGCUGGCCGCGAGAAGGUCGAUUGGACGACAGUUUAUCCUCAUCACACCAGGUUCAAGAGCUGAGAUCAGUCUUGCUCCCGAUGUACGCGUGAAAGAACUCGCAGAACCGCAGAGAGGCCAGAGGACCUUGUCGUUUCGCCAGAACUGAGUAAUUUAUUGUACUGUACAAAGAUAAUACUUAGUCGAUGUAACAUAUGUUCAUGAUUUAUGGGUUCAUCAAUGCCAGUGUCAUUGAAUGUAUGCUUUAGAGGGAUAUCUAGGAAACAAAGAAGAAGGAGAAGCGGCACUAAUCUUCUAUGACUAGGUAGGUAGGCACUUGAGAGGGUUGUUGAGGCUCUGCGUUGGCGGCUGAGAUAUGUAUGUACUGUAUAUAGAAAUCGAAGCCAGCCAGAUCAGCCAGCUGAAAAAAUGAUUUUGAAU